UUCUUUCUAACCGUUUACCUCCGAGAAACGACAUCGUUUGUCCUCUUUCAGCAUGCUCCUUGUUCUUCUUCGGUGCUUGUCGUUCUUCAUCAAUCAUCAACAAAGCGAUUAAACCCUUUGCUCGUUGUGUUUUUCUUCCUCUUUAAUCAUCUACUUAGAUCCAGAUAUGUUUCUAGGUAUCAAUUGAUGUUACAUAGCUGAAUUAUUAAUAUGAAUAAGCUUGUUGAGUUUGGAAGGAAAGCCCUUUUUUACGUAAGAGUUCUUUCUGGGUAUGAGGAACGUAGAAUCCGAAAUUAUAGAUUGCAGCUUGAGAAGCGUCUGAUACAGGCAGAAGAGAAAAAGGCAGCAUUGAAAAAGAUCCCUGAGCAAGCUGUAUUAGCAGAAGUUCGUCAAAUGGUUGAGGAAAUGCAAACUUUAAACCGGAAGCUAGAAGAAACUGAGGCUGCUAUUGAAGAGUACUUUAAGCCAAUAGACAAGGAAGCUGAGAUUAUAAUGAAGAUGCAGCUUGAUGGGGAGGAGAAAUCGAUGAGAGAGAUGAUGAAGACUAUGCAAACACAGGCCAUUCUUGAAAGAGCUGAAGCAGAAAAGAAUGUAAAUGCACAGAGUGUGGACACCAACCAACAACAUAGCCAGGAAGCAGAAUCCUCCACUAAGCAGCAAACGCAAAUGAGAUGAUUUCACGGAUUUUGAUUGAUUCAGUAUAGAAAUAGUUUUUUUGUAAGAGCGAGGGUCGUCAUUAUUUUUCCGGAUAUGGUUUCUGAGAUAAUACAAUGUAUUAAGAGUCACUUGAACAGUUUGAAUAAUUUAAACAACAAUAUGGUGCAAAACCCUUUUCUUUUU